GGUUUGCUUAAGUAUUGUACACUAAGGGGAAAUUGACAGGGUUGUGAGCAUUGUGAAAAAGAAUUAACACUUACAGUGGUCAGUCAUAUAAUGCAGCAAAUGGAUGUUGGUAAAAAUCAUUAAUACAAAAACACUUUGAAUCGACCCUAUUUUGGAAUAGUGUAGUCUUAAUGGUUCUUAGGGGUAGGGUCUUACCAAAGGAUACGUGUCUGCUAAAUGACUCAAAUGUACAGUCCUACCAGGUGAUGGUAUCUGAUUUAUUGCCACUUUUGAGUCAACUUUUAGGGUGUCAAAGAGAAACUGAAUUCAAGGACAAUAAGGAUUGUGGUCUUUUUAAUUCAAGUAAGCUUUUCCCACAGUGGAAAACUAUAUGUCAGAAAUUAUGGCAGGUUAAUGGAGGUCAGAAACAGUGCGAUUCCUAAAUGUCUACAUGUACUUGAAACAUUCAUACCUUCCAUAUAUGGGCAGGAUAUUUUCAUAGAGGGUGAAGAAUGAGAACUUUUUGGAGGGGAUAAUGUGCAGAUUGUCUGAACUCUUUCUGUGUUGCACUUAAGAUUUACCUGGAACGUUGAAUUGCAUUGAAUUCUAGGUCGGCAGAAUUUAGCAUUUGAAUCAGGAAAGGUUUAUACUCACGACCUCUACACAAGCCAGAAUGUUGAAUAAAAUUAUAUUUUAAUGUACUUUACCGGCAUGCACACAUGAUAAAAAUACAUGCAUUACUUGCCGAGCUCGUGCACGUGUUUACAUGGUUUUGCUCAUGCUUCAGGUGAAAUCUGAGUGUAAUUAUACUUCCCUGUGGAUAUUGUCUGACAUUCUUUCCACCAAAAGGACCAACCACAAAGACAACCGGUAAAUAGGCAUGGGAGCUGGUUCCAGUCAACCCAGUGAGAAUGAUGAGCAGGCCAUCGUACCCCAGCAGGACAGGAGAAAGACCUCUAACAGGAGACACUCUGAGGAAACACUGGACUGUCCAACCUGCCAGGGCACGGGCCGCAUCCCACGAGGCCAGGAGAGCAAAUUGGUGGCAGUGAUCCCCUGCUCCGAUCAGAGGCUGAAACCACGACACACGAAGUUGUAUGUCACUGUGUCGGUGACGCUGUGCCUGCUGGUCAGCUCGCUGGUCCUUUUCUUCUUGUUUCCUCGCAGUGUCAUCCUCUCACCCGGGGCUGUCAAGUCUGUCUAUGUUUACUUCACCCCGACCACUGUCCAAAUGAACAUCACGAACAUCAUGAAUAUUACCAAUGACAACUUCUUUACAGUUCAGGCCUAUAACUUGACAGUGCAGGCUCUUUUUGAUAAAACUGUUGUGGGCAAGGCUGAUAUGAAAAAUGUCACCACCGUCAAACCACUCACGGACAAAACGUUUGCCUUUGAGAUUCCUGUCACGCUAGUGGAGGAGGGUCUGAACAAUUACUGCAAGAAAUCUACGAUCAAGAUCCACACGUUAUUUGUCCAUCUUCAGAUGUCAAUGACUGUUUACUACCUGGCCCACUUUGAGCAGCUUUCCCUGGACACGUUUGAAUACAUCGACUGUGGGUCUAACACCACAACACCCCACCUCAUCAACCCUACACCCUGAGAACAAGGGUAGGAUGACAAGGGUGAGGGGAAGACUGAGGAGCAGGCCAUGAGGUGAACUGUGGAGAACAACUGUGUGACAGUGUGGUCAAAAACCAUAUGGUUUUUCUUCCAAAAUCCAAAUGUUAUGGGGAAGAAAGAAACAACAAAAAUGUGGAGCUUGAAAUUCAAAUUAAAGCUCUAAAAUGUUCUGUUUGUCUUUUUUAUGCACCUCUGUAGAGCUUUAUAAGUAGGGUCAUUGAGGUGGUUGGAGGCUCUGCACUGUGAAAAUGAUUUUUUUGCCACUUUAUUCUACUGAAAGAGUUACUCUGAAAUUGAAAGACUACAAAUUUGCACAAAUUUAAUUCAGAUGUUAUAUUUGUGCAUAAUUUCCUAUAAAACAGAUUGUCGGUCCACUUCUACAAACAAGUAAAUUACUUUUGUAUGUGUUUUAAUUGGUUAAAGUAGAUAAAACCAUAGUUGUAUGCAUAACGUUAAGAAUACUUCCAUGUAGCAUUGAUCACAGAACUUUUCUAUGGAAUCACAUGGGAAUUACAGUUCUCUGUCUUUGACUACUGACCACACAUGUGAUUUCUAUGUUAAACCAUCAUCUCUAAUUGUAUACUAAUUCUAACAAGAUCUGGAUAUUAAUUCACCUAUUGUUUUUCUGUGUCACUGAAAUUAGAUUAUUAGUGAGGGAAAAAAGGUUAAAUCGUUUGGAAUCCACAUAGACUAGUAGUGUCACCACAGGUAUUUUUGGAAUGGGGAAACUAACUAAUUUACUCCCUUCUUGCACUACAGCAAAAUCAUGGCAAUGUUUCUUAUGCUCUGUUCAAAUACUCUUAAUAUUUACUUCCUCUAUUAUUUAUGUUAAGGGUUUUAGUACAUUGUUUCCACCUUUGUCAGAUUAGUGAAAAACAUAUGCAUUUUAAAGGAUUCAAUAAUGAAAUCACAAAGCCUGAGAAGUUCCUUGUUUGGUCACAUAAUUAAAGGAUGUUGUAUAUUUAAAUGGCCGCUAAGUGGUGCUAAAGUAACAUAAGUUUCCUUGAUGACAGUUGGGUCCAGUCCAUAUGGGUCGUCUUCACCACUGCUGGGAGUACUGUAUGGACUGUAAUGUCGAGAAAUAAAAACACUCCUAUAA